UCUCUCUGCUCUCCCAGCCCGGGUUGGAGGAGGGGAGGAGAGGGGGGUGGUGGUGGAGGUGUGACUUCCAGCCAACCGUCGACGAGCUCCGGAGUUUAGAGAUCAGUGAAAGAUGAGGAGCUGCUCUCUUCCACGGAGCGAGGCAGAAGACGGAAUUAAAGUUCAACAUCAAAUCACGGAAACACGGAGAAACGACAGCUCAGCAAUGAAAUGUAUGUCUUUGAGUGUGCGUUUGACUAUCAACUGAACCCUGCCUGCAAGCAUCCUACGCUGAACCUGAAUCUGCUGACACUGGACUCCUUGCUCACUUCUGACAUCCAGUGUCAGCAGCCGGUGCUUUGAAGAUGAUCAAUUCUCAGAUAUACCUCCACUACAACUACACAGGGAAACUGGACCACCGGCCCACCAUCGGCACAAGCGAGGGCACCGUGGACACCAAGACCGUCGUUUUCCUCAUCAUAUGCAGCUUCAUCGUCCUGGAGAACCUCACCGUGCUGGUGGCCAUAUGGAGAAACCACAGGUUCCACAACCGCAUGUACUUCUUCAUUGCUAACCUGGCACUAUGCGACCUGCUGGCUGGAGUCGCUUACCUGGUCAACUUGCUCCUGUCGGGAGAGAAGACCCUGCAGCUCUCACCCGCUCUCUGGUUUGUCAGAGAGGGAAGCAUGUUUGUAGCACUUGGUGCCUCGAUUUUCAGUCUCCUGGCUAUUGCUAUAGAGAGACACCUGACUAUGAUCAAGAUGAGGCCUUAUGAUGCCAACAAGAAUUACAGAGUGUUUCUGCUCAUAGGGACCUGCUGGUUGAUCGCUAUAUCUCUUGGAGCUUUGCCUAUUCUAGGCUGGAACUGCCUGAAGAACCUCCCUGAUUGCUCCACAAUCCUCCCUCUCUACAGCAAGAAAUACGUAGCUUUCUGUAUCACAGUGUUCAUGGUUUUGCUUUUAGCCAUGUCAGUCCUGUAUGCCCGCAUCUACAUCCUGGUUAAGUCCAGCAGCCGAAAGGUGAGCAAGCACAGAAACUCUGAGCAUGCAAUGUCCCUGCUGCGCACUGUCAUCAUUGUAGUUGGGGUCUUCAUCGCCUGCUGGACGCCCCUCUUUGUCCUGCUCCUGGUGGAUGUGGCAUGUGGGAAGCACUGUUCCAUCCUCUACAAGGCUGACUGGUUCAUCGCAGUGGCUGUGCUUAACUCCGCCAUGAACCCAGUCAUUUACACUCUGGCCAGCCGCGAGAUGAGACGGGCCUUCUUAGGUCUGGUGUGUGGCAUUUGCUACAGGGGGAAGGUUUCUGUCAACGACAGCGGGAACAAGCAGUCUCUGGAGCCCAGCCGCAGCAGGAGCAAGUCGUGGAGCAGCCAAAACAACCCCAACCAGAGCCAGCGGAGCUCCAGGCAGGCGGAGCCGGAGAAGGAGCAGGAGACAGACACGGCCCAUGGCGAGGUGUCAGUGGUUGCAGGAGGGGCUGCUCACGCCGUCCUUGAGAGUGACAGAAAAGACUGAUUGAAGAGAACAAGAUAGCAUAGGAAGAUGUGGGUGGUCCUAAUGUGUAAACUCAUUGAGUUGUGAUUGAUUUGUGGAUUUCUUUAAGGAAAUGUAGACAUCAGGAAGAGGCUGCAGGGCAGUGGUUUCUCUUUUGUGUUAUUUUAUACAUUGGCAUUCCAUAUUUGGGACACUUAUGUCCAAACUUGUCAUUAGACUGAUUAAUUUAUGAGGCCAAUAUGUUCAAUUACACAAUCAAUAGCACCUCAGUAACACUACAAAGAGCUCAUAUUUCAUCACCGUCCAGAUAGAACAAUGUAUCUACAAAUUAGGUUAUUUUAAAGGAAACUAAAAGGUUAAAUCCUUAAUUGGUAGAGAAAAUAAACAGAACAACUAAACUAAAAACCUCUUGGAGUAUCUGAAAAAAUAUAUAUUUGUAGCUCAUAAAAAGUGGAUGUUUUAGAGGUGGUUUUUGCAGGACAAUGACAAUUUGUGAACAACUGGUGCUCUAACCUUUGGCAGAGGAAUCAUUUACCUCUGUGGUUACAGACAUGACCAUCCAAGACUAACAAGUGAAAGGUCACCUACAAUGAAUUAAAGUGCAAUUAUAGUUCUACAAAAUAAUGUAAUGAAAAAUGAUUGUAGACAAUUAUUAGUGUAAUGUCAAACAAUAGUAAUUAUUUAUUAUUCUAUGCAGUCUAAUUUUGUAUUUACUCAGUAAUACUACAGUAUACGGUGCAGUUACUGUAAUUAAAACUGCAUUAUAAGUUGUAUAUGUGAUGUAAAUGAGAUUGAAAAAAAACACUUGAUACCCUUUCCAUUAUAACAGUAGCAUCAUUCAAACUGCGUUAUUCUGCAAAGAAUUAAUGUAACUGAUGCAGUUCAUUCAACAUCAGUAAGUCAGUGAUACCAGAGCUCCAUCUGCUGGUUAAUGAUGGUAGUUAAUAUCAUCAUUGCUGACAAGAUACCUUCACAACAUUCUGCAUGUUCAGUACAGAAUCCUGAUUUUAGUACCAAAUUGAAACUUAAAUUGUGUGAGUGAGUGUGUGUGAGAGAGAGAGUGUGCGUGUGCGUGUGCGUGUGUGUGUGUGUGUGUGUGUGUUUUACCUGAUCAUUCCUGAAGUGGAAAACAAAUGUAGCAACUUUAAAAGCAUGAAGCUGGUAAACUGGAGAAAGAGGCAUGUGAAUGCAGCAUGCGAAAUAGAAAUAGUGUGCUACGUGCAGCUUUUUAUACGAUGCGAAAUAUUAUCUUUGACACAAGUAAAAUGUAAGUAAACAUACUGUAUAACAAUGAUUCACCUAGAUCACCCCAUGUUGCCACAGAGUGCAGUUAAUUCAGGUUGAUUCACCCAAAUGUUUAAGAAAUUGUAGUGGUGUCUAGCCACGCAGGUAGUUUUGAUUUUGUAUGUCUAACUUUCGACACAUCAGUUACUGCCACCAUAAUAAAGUGGAGGUGAAUGGAUUUUUGUUUUGUUGAUAAAAAUCAACAUAAUAUAAUAAUAAAUAAAAUAUUAUAAUAAAUAUUCAACAGCAACAUAUUUUACAGAUAUAGCCUCCCUGUUUCUGGAUAAUCAGAAAAUCUAAAAAUCUGGGAAAAUACACAAAAACUACCUGGAUAGCAAGACAUCACUAGUAAGUUGGAAAAUAUUUUAAUGAUUUGGAUUAACCAACCCAGGAAACUGUGAUGACACUAUGGCUAAAUGCUGUCUACCAUAAAAUGAAAUAUGUUACUGAUUAUUACAGCAGAGAAAAAAACAGAGAUUCUACACAUUCACGGUUUUAUUGCCAACAGUCAUACAGAAUAAUGAUAAACCCAUACAACCAAAAGAUUAAAUCUGUAAACAUCA